AUGUCGAGUCAGUGGAUUAUUUUUGUUGUUGUUGUCGCAGUGACUAUCCUCUCAAACGGAGUUAAAAGUGAAAAACAAAGUACCCAAAACCUUUUGGAGAAAGGCGAUGAACAGUUGAAUCUUAUUUUGGACGCCAUAAAUGAGGUCGAACGUCAGCGGGUACAGGAAAAUAUUAAAGUCCCCAAUUCGGAUACAAUUAAACAGCGGCCAAACAGCAAAAGAUUGAGAUGGAAUCGAAGGAGGAUUUUGCCAGAUCCCGAAGGUCCUGAGAAGAGUGGGAGUCGAGCUUGGGCUGUGCCCUCGUCGAUAACCGUAAUUCAAGGCAAUCCUGAUUACCUCAAUGUGAACAACUAUACACCCGCUCCUUCUCCUUGGUGGUACAACUAAACUAUAGAUAUCCUAACUUAAUUGUAAAAAUAUAUUUUUUGUUUAAGUACUCAGAUGUAGAAUAAAUAUAU